AUGCUUCUGGAUCCCAGCGUUCUCGUCGCGAUUGGCGCAAUUAUCGCGUUUGUGUUGGCGUUUGCGAUUGGCGCCAAUGACACCGCCAAUUCUUUUGGAACAUCUGUUGGAAGCAAGGUAUUGACCCUUCAUCAAGCGUACAUAUUGGCGAGCAUCUUCGAAACACUUGGCGCAUUACUUAUCGGCCAUCAAGUCACCGACACGAUGCGCAAAGGUGUCAUCGAUUUCAAUUCGUUCGUUUUCGUCAAUGAAUCGAUCGCCACCGACGUCGAUUUGUUGGCGAACACGAAAGUUCAACACGAGCUGAUGUUGGGACAAAUCGCAAUUCUCACCGGUUGCGGUGCCUGGAUGUUGUUGGCGACGGCGUUCAAAUUGCCGGUUUCGACGACCCACUCGAUUGUUGGCGCAACGAUUGGAUUCGCGUUGGUCGUUCGCGGUUUCAAGGCGAUCGUCUGGAGGAAAAUCUAUCGAAUUUUUCUUUCAUGGAUCGUUUCGCCAUUGUCUUCUGGGUUUACGUCAAUUGUCAUCUAUAUUGCUUUGGAUCAUUUGGUUCUUCGAAGGAAACAGCCACUUCAUAGCGGAAUACAAGUUCUACCAGUGUUGUACUUUAUCUGUUUCGCGUUCAACGUGUUCGCCAUCGUUUACAAAGGACCAUCUUUUUUGCAUUUCGACAAACUUACGCUCUAUCAAUGCCUCGCAAUAUCGUUCUUCACCGGACUUCUUGUCGCGCUUCUGUUCGCCUUCUUCUUUGCUCCUUACCUCAAGGAUCACAUCUUGAGCAAAGAGCUUCUGGAUUUGCAACGUCGUCGUGCUUCUGAGCGUCACAUUGAGAACAAGAAACCGGAAAAGGAUUUGGAAGCGGCGAAUGAGUUGGAGUUGAAUAGCGUUGAACAAACAACACUCAUUGACAAACCUUCGAUUGUCAUCACGUCGGCAUCGACGAUAAAUGGCGAAUCGACGUCGUCGUUCAAUGUUCAGAAGAACACGAUUCGUCCGGCGACAUCGCUUGCCUCGUUCUUCAGAAGUUGCAAACCCGAAGAUCCGCAAGCGUCGCGUCUUUUCUCGCUUCUCCAAGUGAUGACUGCGUGCUUCGGCGGUUUCGCGCACGGCGGCAACGACGUGAGUAACGCGAUUGCGCCAUUGGUGUCAUUGGUGUUGAUGGGAUAUCACGGAAUGGAGUCGUCGAAUCGCGACACACCAUGGUACAUAUUGUUGUACGGAUCGAUCGGAAUGUGUUUUGGAUUAUGGAUGCUCGGGCAUCGUGUGAUCUAUACGGUUGGCGAGAAUCUCACGAAAAUCACGCCCGCUUCGGGAUUCGCUGUUGAGUUUGGCGCCGCCGUGACCGUUCUCGUCGCUUCCAAACUCGGAAUGCCAAUUUCGUCGACACAAUGCAAAGUGGGUUCCGUCGUCGCCGUUGGAUUAGUUCAAGCCAAUCAUCAAGUUCAUUGGGGUGUUUUCCGAAACAUUUCGCUUUCGUGGAUUGUCACAUUGCCAGUAGCUGGUCUCCUCUCGGCUGGAGCGAUGACGCUUCUCCAUUUGCUCGAAUUUGGAAGCAACGCGACAUCGGAUGAUUCGGUGUUGAAACUCUUCGUUUAA